AUGCCAUUUAACAGCCACCAAAGAGUGUCUCCAUAUUACAGCAGCAAGCUCUCCACUCCCAGUAACAGUGUUCACAUCAGUAGCAGGAGAACAAAUGCCUCAUCAUCCCCGCUGCAGCAUCCUCAAGAGCAAAAUCUGAAAUUGAAGCCUAGAUCAUUUUCACUGUCUCAAGUAACACCAGCUUCCUUGCCGUUGUACUCUGGUACAGUGGCAUCAUCAAACAAGGGUAAAACUUUGCUGCGUGAAGCUUUCUUUACCCAAAAUGACAGUGAUGACAUGCAACCACUAGAUCUCAGCAUGCGUGCCAACAGAGUUGAGAAGACAGUGAAACAGCCUACAUCUCAUGAGCACAAGGCUAUUUGUUUGGUGAAAUCCUGCACUUGUAGUACCCAGCCUGAGCAUUUAUCUCACUACCAUGUCGCCGGGCAAGUCAUUACCCGAUCUCCACUGCCAGGAAUGACACUUUCUUCCAGCAGCCGGGAGGGGUCGCCCUUAUACACCCAGCAUCACAUGCUGAGCUCUACCUACCAAACCAGUUCCAGUAAAGCUGCAUCAUUUUCCAGCUCUGUUCCACAAAUAUCACCAUGGAAUACAACGGAGUUCACACCUUUCCAGCACUUGAUACCAACUGAUAAAGGACUUAAAGAUGCCCAUAAUUCCUCUGGUCUAUUUGGACGGUACAACCAAAUGCACCAGGACAUGAAUAUAGGCACAUGUGAGGAGACUGAACAAGAUUCAUUGGCAACCCUCCCAAAGAAAGACAGUUAUGAUGAGGAGAAUGAUGAACCUACUUAUAUGGAUCUUGAUUCGACAACAACCUCCACGUCUCUGACUACUAAAACUAUGAGAAAUUAUCCAGGGAAUUCUAACUUUGCUUACAAACAGCUAAACUCACCACAAAUAUCCUCAAAACACAGCAAAAACAGUGACGGUGGCUCAGAGUCUGCCUGCAGCCCAUAUCAGUCGCCCUUGCUCCAAGCAUUAAACAGCAAAAGGAGUAAUGAUCUUUCAGACAAAAGAGCCACUAAUUACUUUGGUGGUGGUGUAAUUUCUCAUACUUCCUUUGAAAAGAGCCACAAGAAGAUUAUUGGCCAAACAGGCAUUGUUCCAAACUCUGAAAAAGCUGCCCAUCCAAAACAGCAGUUGGCCUUUCCCGAUUCUUCAACCUCUCCUGCCACUGUACCUGUCUCUACAGGCCAUGUAAAUUUGUAUAGGUCGCACACAGAUACUCAUCUGACCACAACUGUUCAACAUCAGGAUACAGAAGGUCACACCGCCAUGUUACAUAACAAUUACCCAGCAUACCCCAAGACCUCACUGUCCAGCCAGUAUUUGCCUUUGCCUACUAAUGAGAUGCAUCUAGUGCACUCUGUUUGUAAAAGCCCUAUAGACCAAGAAAGCAAUGCUGGAAGUGACACAGAGACAUCCACGCCAGAUAAGAUUGCUUCAAAUGUUCAGCUGCCAGUUUGUACUAACUCGACUUCAGAUGGAAUCAGUGGAAACCAGCAGACGAGAACUGGAGACUGCAGUGAAGACAAUCCGCAGGUAAACUCAGAGCAGGAGGGAAAUGGCUCUACUAAAAUCAGCCUCCUUGACUUCUGGAUCUCAAAAAUCCUCAUGGAGCGGAGUAUAGAAAAUUCUCAGCCACGGAAACCAUGUAAUGUGGAUUACAUAUGCACAGCAAAUGGGGAAAAGAGGAUACGGCUUCGACUUGUUGAUCUCAUGGAAAUGCAAGUGGAACAAAGCAUGAAAGCUUAG